AUGGAAGGGUUUUUAGAAAAACUUAAGAAAAUAUCUGAACAAUAUAAUAAUUUGUUGCUAGAAAAAAAAAUAAUAGACAAAAGAAUUGCAAGCAUAGAAGAAAAUAUAAGUAAAUAUGAAGAAACAAGACAGAAAUCCAUAAAGGAAGUAGAAUUUAAAAAAAAUCAAUUAUUAAAAAAUAAAAAUAAGCAUUUAAUAAAAUGCCAGAAAAUGGAAGAGUUAAACAAUAAAUUGAAUGAAAUAUUAAUAAGAAAACAAAGUAUUGAUGAUGAAGAAGAAAAAAAGAUAGUAAAAAAGCAGAUUGAUAUGGUUAACAACACAUAUGUUUUGUUAAAAAAUGUUCAGAAAUUAAAUGAUGUAAUAAUAAAAAAUAAUGAAUAUUAUAAAUUAAUCACUGAUAAGAUUCAUAAUAAUGGCUUUCAUAAUAAAAAAACAUUAAAUAUAUUAAAUUGUUUUUUAAAUAAAAACAGAGCAAAUAUUCAAGAUAAAGAUAAUGAAAAUACUACAAAUAAUUUCAAAAUAAUACCAACUAAUGAAACAAAUAAAAAUUUAAUUUACUUAUUUUCAAAAAGUCACACAACAUUAAGUUUAGAGAAGCAGCAGUUCUUAUUUGUACUAUUAAUGAAUGUUUUAAAAAAAAUUUUAGAUUUAAAAAAAGACAUUAUAUACGAUAAAAAUAUAUCAAAUGAUAUAAUUCAUAAUUUUUUAUAUGAGAAUUAUAUAUCAUUACAAUAA